ACUAAACCCUUAUUGCAAUUUGGGAGUUCUAGAACUCUCCGGCGCCUCCUCCUUAAACCCCACUUUUCAUCUCCAGGGUUUUCGCACUCUUCUUCAUUUCCCCGUUUAAGCUGCCCACCAAAAUACUCACACUGUAAGCGUUGGAAAACAAUAGUAACGCCCAAACUCCAUCUGGGUAUUGAGCUAAAUGGCCCCAGUGAUGAGCCGGAGUUUGACCUCCGUGGCUGCGGUGCCCUUUACGCCGUCAUUCCCACAGAAGAGUGCAGGUGGCAAUAGGGUAGCAGCGUUGAGAAGUGCUUUCUUGCCCAGGAAUGGUCUGAGGAACAGGCUCUCCAGCUCCGGGUUGAAAUGGAAGCUUGAGAGGAGAGAUAGCAGUGUGGUGGUGAGGUGUGAGGCCUCUGCCGUGGCUGAGAAGGAAGCCCCUGAGAGCGAGGGAGAGACCCAUGGGUACCAGGCUGAGGUCAGCCGCCUAUUGGACUUGAUAGUUCACAGUUUAUACAGCCACAAGGAGAUCUUUCUUCGAGAACUUGUUAGUAAUGCAAGUGAUGCACUUGACAAGUUAAGGUUUUUGAGUGUGACUGAGCCUUCUUUACUUGGUGAUGCUGGUGAGCUUCAGAUUCGUAUCAAAGCCGACCCAGACAAUGGGACCAUCACCAUAACUGAUACUGGUAUAGGAAUGACAAGGGAAGAUCUCAUAGACUGUCUUGGAACCAUUGCACAAAGUGGUACCAAAAAGUUUUUGAAUGCUCUUAAGGAGAAUAAGGAUCUUGCAUCAGAUAAUGGAUUGAUUGGUCAAUUUGGUGUUGGAUUUUAUUCUGCUUUCUUGGUUGCUGAAAAGGUUGUAGUUUCUACUAAGAGCCCCAGGUCAGACAAGCAAUAUGUUUGGGAAGCUCUUGCCGAUAGCAGCUCAUACAAGAUUAGGGAGGAAACUGACCCUGAAAAGCUCCUGCCCAGAGGAACACAAAUUACUCUAUAUUUAAGGGAGGAUGACAAGUAUGAAUUCGCAGAACCAAAGAAGAUCCAAGAUUUGGUGAAGACCUACUCACAAUUUGUUUCCUUCCCCAUCUACACUUGGCAAGAGAAAUCAAGAACUGUUGAGGUGGAAGAAGAGGAGGAGCCUAAAGAAGGAGAAGAAAAUACUGAGGGAGAGAAGAAAAAGACGAAGAAGACCAAAACUGAAAAGUACUGGGACUGGGAAUUAACGAAUGAGACAAAGCCCAUAUGGAUGCGCAGUCCAAAGGAUGUUGAGAAAGAACAGUACCAGGAAUUCUAUAAGAAUACCUUUAGCGAGUUCCUGGAUCCACUUGCUUACACUCACUUCACCACAGAGGGUGAGGUGGAGUUUAGAAGUGUCCUGUAUAUACCUGGAAUGGCACCUCUGAAUAAUGAAGAUGUCGUAAACCCAAAGACAAAGAACAUACGGUUGUAUGUCAAACGUGUGUUCAUUUCUGAUGAUUUUGACGGUGAAUUGUUCCCAAGAUACCUGAGUUUUGUAAGAGGUGUUGUGGACUCUGAUGACCUUCCUCUCAAUGUUUCACGAGAAAUCCUACAGGAAAGCCGAAUUGUAAGGAUAAUGAGAAAGAGACUUGUGAGGAAAACAUUUGACAUGAUUCAGGAUCUUUCUGAAAGCGAGAACAAAGAGGACUACAAAAAAUUCUGGGAGAACUUCGGGAAAUUUUUGAAAUUAGGAUGUGUCGAAGACACUGGAAAUCACAAGCGGAUUACACCGUUACUUAGGUUUUUCUCUUCCAAGAGUGAAGAGGAAUUAAUAAGUCUGGAUGAUUAUGUCGAGAACAUGCCAGAGACUCAGAAAGCCAUCUAUUAUCUGGCUACUGACAGCUUGAAAAGCGCCAAGACUGCUCCAUUUGUGGAGAAACUUGUCCAGAAGGGUAUUGAGGUUUUAUACCUUAUUGAGCCAAUUGACGAAGUCGCUAUUCAGAAUCUACAAACAUACAAGGAAAAGAAGUUUGUUGACAUAAGCAAGGAGGAUUUGGAGCUUGAUGAUGAGGAUGAGGUGAAAGAAAGAGAAACGAAGCAAGAGUACAAUCUUCUCUGUGACUGGAUAAAGCAACAGCUGGGAGAUAAAGUAGCAAAGGUGCAGGUCUCAAAGCGUUUAAGUUCAUCUCCCUGUGUGCUUGUCUCUGGCAAGUUUGGGUGGUCCGCAAACAUGGAAAGGUUGAUGAGAGCUCAGACCCUCGGGGACACCUCUAGUUUAGAGUUCAUGAGGGGACGAAGAAUCUUGGAGAUUAAUCCUGAUCAUCCAAUUGUCAAAGAUUUACAGGCUGCAUGCAAGAAUGCACCUGAUAGCACCGAUGCCAAGAGAGCUGUGGAUCUAUUAUACGAGACUGCCUUGAUUGCCAGUGGAUUCUCUCCCGACAGUCCAUCUGAGCUGGGUAACAAGAUAUACGAGAUGAUGGCAAUGGCUCUUGGAGGAAGGUGGGGCAGAUUGGAGGAAGACGAAGAAGAAGAAGCCACAGAGGACUCGGGUGCAAGUUCUCCGGAUGAGUCAGAGCCCGAAGUCAUCGAGCCAUCAGAAGUAAGAACAGAGAAUGAUCCCUGGAGUGAUUAAGAAGUGUUUUCUUCCCAUAUCAGCAUUCUUUCAGCCAAAGCUCCAUCCACAUUGCUGCUAGGAAGAAAUUUUUAGUGUUUUAGAGACACAGCUUCCCAGGGUGGAAAACUUGCAAAAUCACAAUUGGAUAGGAAAUUUUCAUAUUUCUAUCACAAUAGAAAAGAGGUGGAAAAGGAGUGUUGUAUUGGAGGAAAUUUUUGGGUGAAGAGAUGAUUAGAGAGAUCUUAUUUUUGUGACAAAACUUGUUUGAUCCCAUGUUUGGAGUGCCCUUCAAUAAUAGAUAAUGUUUUCUUAAAUGUAA